AUGGCAGGUCAUAGCAUAGAAAAGCUGUCGCCCGAGCUACUCUAUCUCAUUCUUGAGUCGCUUGCCUCUCCACAAGAUCUCCUCGCUCUGAUCCUCUCUUCCAAAACAUUUCACACACUCUUUUCGCAGAGCCGCGAAAGAAUUGUGAGCCAGGUUCUUUGCAAUAGCUAUGGCGACAAUCUACAACAGGCCUUGGGUGCCUUUUACGCUUCAACAAUCCACGAUUCCAAUGAUGACACCUGGACCUCUGAACAACGGCGCGAGGUGGAAGCGCUUCUAACGAACUACCAUAACCGCCACCUGGAACUACCGACUAAUUUUGAGGAUAUUGUUGAGAUGUGCCACCAGUCUGCCUUGGUGGAGAGAGUCAUCGGCCAUCAUUCCAACUACGCUUCUCUAUUCUUCGCCGAGGGCCCCGAAACAUCCUCCAGGGACAGUUCACAUUGCCUUGAUAACCCUAUUGGACUUCAAGAUCCCCCCCUAUUUUUGUCCACUGUCGAAAAGGGCCGGAUCCGCAGAGCCUUUCUUCACUUUGACAUGUAUUGUCACCUGUUCCCACUAUCCCGGUUCGGUAUCUCUCCGCAACCCUUUGAUGCGACAGGACAGUCGGAAUUGUUUCUCUCAAAAAUUUCCAUGUGGGAGGUUGAGGAAUUAUGCGCGGCACAGCAAUUUAUCUGCAACAUAUUAGAUCAGAUUGUUCAAACACUGGAGGAUGAGUUCGUGCAAGAGGUCCUUCUCCUACCAAAGUUGGAUGCACCUCCUGAUGGGGAAUUCGAUCCCUCGGUUACGGAUACGGGCAACGCUCUGGAGCUAUUUGGUUUGGAAUUGUUCACUUCUACUUCACCACAGCAGCGAUUCGACAUACUAUUUCAAGUUUCAUCCCAGGGUUUGCGUUCCCUGGAAGACAUUAUGAUUGGUAAUGCGGCCACGCAGCGACAACAUAUUUUGAAAUUCUGGCCUUGGCGAGGAGAUUUCCUAUGGCAAGGAGUUCGAACGCUCCUUACGGACAGCGCAGCUCGGAAGUCUGUCAAAGACCACCCUUUUGAAGGCGAGGAUCGGCUAGAUGGUUUCAGUGGCGGUUGGAGCUUCGUAUCAAACCGGAAACUCGUGUCAAACCGCAACUCUUGGGCCCCAAAUCGGGGAGACCAGGCCGGCUGGGGGAACGCGGCAGAUGCUGGAUUUGCUUUCUGGAAUUAUGCCCGAGGCGAAGCUUUGAGCGUGAGCGGUAAGGCGAAGCUUCCUCAAAAGGAGAGAGCCAGCGCAGAGAAGAGAUUAUGGGGUCAUCACGUUGCCUUUUCAGAAUUCCGCGACAUCUUGGAAAAAUACAGCCCUGAAGAUUUCCUCCCUAGAUAA